GGUAAAUAGCUCUCGUGCUUUCGCCUCCCGCCGCCCGGUUGCCGGAAGAUAACAUUCACCUGAUCUCACGCACCGCACGGAAAUCCGGGGCUUGUUCCGGACUGUUCCGGACCGUCCCAGCCUCAGGUACCGUGUGUGUGACAUUAUCAUCAUAGUCACGGGGCUGGACCGGCCGGCCGGCCGAGGCUAUGGCACGAUUUUAUGCCUAACCCCGAUCAACUUGCAUUCUUGGCUUCGCUAUUCGGCGGUUUCUUUACCCUCGUCUAUCUCUCCAAUAUCCUCAAAGCAGCCCUCGUGCGUGCCGGAUACGACUACCGUCAUCUCAUUCUCCUCGGAACGCCGCGAAAAGACGACCCAACAAAGUACUACGGAAUGGACUUUUCUAAAGAUCUAGUCACACUGAUGUCCAACCCGGUCGUCAUUGCGAGCGGUGCUGUCGCCGUCGUAACACUGCUCUGGUUGGUACUGGGCAAAAAGGGUGGUCGCAAAGUUUUGACGAAGGAAUGGCAAGAGUUCCCCCUCGAGAAGAAGAUCCAAAUUUCUCCGAACACUGCGAUUUACCGGUUCUCCCUUCCGCGCCCAACAGACACACUUGGACUGCCCACGGGAAAGCACAUCUCAGUUGGUGCUGUCAUCAAUGGCAAGGACCUGUCGCGCAGCUAUACACCUGUCAGCAGUAACGACCAGUUGGGAUCGUUUGACCUGCUCAUCAAGUCAUACGAGAAGGGCAACAUCUCAAAACACUUUACGACUCUGAAACUCGGCGAUAACUUGCGUGUCAAAGGUCCGCGGGGGAACUUUGAUUACACGUCUGGCUUGACUGGCGCGUUGGGAAUGAUCGCUGGAGGAAGCGGAAUCACGCCGAUGUAUCAAAUCAUUAACGCCGUCCUCAAGAAUCCCAGCGACUCUACCAAGCUUGCUCUGAUCUAUGCCAAUGUCUCUGAGGAAGACAUUCUGAUGCGUGCCGAGCUGGAUCAGUUGGCAGCAGCUCACCCCAGCCGGUUCACUGUCUACUACGUGCUCAACACCCCGCCAGCUGUCUGGGCUGGUGGCGUUGGUUUCGUCACCAAGGAACAAAUUCAAACGUAUUUGCCGACACCAACUGCUGACGCUAAGAUCCUUAUGUGUGGACCACCGCCUAUGCUUACCGCAAUGAAAAAACAUUUGGAUGAAUUGAGCUUCCCCGCACCUCGGACCAUCAGCAAACUCGAGGACAAGGGUUACUUUACAAAUAACAGCAGUCUCCUCGCCCUGAUUUCUUCCUCUUCUUCCAUGGUUAAAACACUAUAUGCGUUUGGAGCCUCUGUGUGGGCUGCUGCCUCGGAACUCGCCGUCGCGCAGCUCGGCUGCACCGACGCCGAUGUCACCGUCCAAACCGUCAAUCUCGCCGAAGGAGAGAACUUGCAACCGUGGUUCCUGAAGCUCAAUCCGAAAGGAACGCUCCCCACGUUGGAAUGCGACGGAAACGUCUACACGGAUACUUCGUCUGUGGUUGCCAAGCUCGUCAAGGACGCGCCGACGAAGGUCAAAACGGGUUCGAGCUUCAUUCAAACUAUCCACGAGGAUAAGUACGAUCCCAACUUCGUUCUUUUCCUAUCCCGAGACGAGGAUGAACUUGCCGCGAAGAAGAGCUCGAUUGCGAUCCCGUUCCUCACUAAUCGUCAAGCUGUGAUGGAGAAGUACUCGAAGGCACCUGAAGGAGCCGUCUUCAAGCAAUUCUACGACGCUAAGAUGCAAGACAAUCAAGGCAAGUUCGGUUUGCUCAAUAUCAUCAAGGGUGAUGCACCUGAGGAGCAUAAUGCUGCAUUCUUUGCUCAGUCGAAAGCCCACUACAAGAACCUGCAAUAUGCGAUCCAAGAACUACUUCCGAGCGUCCUGCCUGAGCGUGGCUUCAUCGGAGGGGACAUUCCCGGCGAGGAUGACUUCCAUCUGGCCGCCUGGUUGACCCGACUGGCAGCAGCGAGUGGGGCAAAGACAGCUGAUGAGGCCUUGCCUGCGUUGGAGGCAUUCUACGGGGCGCCUGUUCCAGUGAAGGUCAAGUCCUACUGGAACUCCUGGGUCGAGUUGCCAAGUUGGAAGAAGAUCUACGGGGCAGGCCUUUACUAGUGUUGUAUAUCAUCAGUUACGUUGACGUGUCAUGAUUCUGUGGAUUCGGAAAAUUCGGUCAGGGAGGGCUCAAGGGCCUCGAGUCGACAGUCGUUCAAGCUGGACGUAUAUCAGCGGGGAAGCUGUUCGACAUAUGACCACGACGCACCUGCGUUUAAUUUCUGCAGCAGACUGGAAGCCAAGGACGAAUUCUUCUUCAGUGGGUUCUUCCGCUGAGUAGCGAGCCAGCUGGAUAGCCGAGUCGUAGUAAUGUAACGGCGUGAACUCUUCCUCGUCAGAAUUCAACAGCGGCAGGAUGAACCGAAAGUGAUGGAGCAUUCUGACGUGGGGCUUGAGAGUAGGAUGUGACGGCAUCACCAAGCGUGCGAGAACAUCUGCAAGCGAAACGGUCAGAUAGCACAGGCAUGUAAACAUAGGACACCGCACCGAUCUCAGGGAUCGUAUCCAGAAGAGUGCGUCGAAAAUGCACACCUUCGUACUUCGAGCCUAGGGUCGUUCAGCUUACUUGGACAACAGUGAGAUGAACUGGGAACACCACAUACCGGGCCGGCCCCAUCCUGGAUGGAACACAUCCGUCGGUAGGGAGUCAUGCGCUACCAAACAAGUGCGGAUGUACUCUUGCGUGAUAUACUCAUGAACAGACUUCACAGGAUCAGACGAGACGGAGAAAUCAUGCGGUAAAAGGUGUGCGCACGUUCGGAAUAUCUCCGCGCCGCAGUAUUCGAUGUGCCUUCGUAAUCCGUUGCAUGCGCAAGUGCACAGCUAGUCGUCGUUUGACACAGAAGAGCAACGAUAUAAUUAGCUGGUUGCAUUUAGACCCUGAUUUUCCUCGUGCUUGGGACGCCGAUACGCACGACGAAGACAUACGACCCUCCUAUGAUGACGGCAUUGAAGUUUCCCGUCCACGUCUGGUUGGGCGAAUGGCGCACGGCUUGCCCAAGGAGUGCAACGCAAGACAGAGCAACUGCGAUACAGAUGAGAAAGAGAAGAAACAGCUGAACAAGUUUCAGGAGGAUUCUCAAGAGCUUGCGCAUGGUGGCCGGGCACAAGAGCUAAUGCCAGUGCUUGUAGCGCAACUGUGAUCCCAUCAGACUGACAUUCGCGUGUAGUCACACUCACACCAAAAUCUCUCAGUCUCACUGAAGAAUGCGGGCUAUUGGACGGGACAUCACGUGUCAUUCGUCGAGCAUUCCAAUGGCUUUGAUCACCAAAAAUCCA